UUCAUCGAAGCUGUUUACCAAUUGACUUCAUCGAGCGUGUGCCUCUUGUUAUCAGAAUUCCCUCGUGCAUGGCAACAGGAUCAAGUACUGAGGAGAUAAGCAUAUUUUUAACAAGUUACCGUGUUUUUCACGGAGCCACUGGGAAAGACAUUGACGGAAAAGAUUAGAAAGCGCCCAAGUUCUUAUCUCCAACUUUACUAGUAUAUUUGCCGUACGAGAAGAGUAAGGACCAGUGUACCCUUUUAGCGUCGAGUCCCCGUGAUUCAAAAUGUCGAUCAGCGAGAAGCAGGGUGAAUUCAGCGUCAACACUGUCAGCGUUUUGAAGGGCUAUCCCACUCCACCACGUAAUGCAGACGAUACUCUACUCGCUGAACUUGGCUACAAGGCUGAGUUCAAGCGCGAGUUCUCGAUGAUCGAAACAAUUGCUUUCGCCUUCUCAAUCAUGGGCGUGGUAGCUUCCGUGUCAUCGACAUUCUCAUUUCCAUUGGUCUCAGGUGGUCACGUUGGAAUGGUCUGGGGAUGGCUGAUCCCCUGUUUCUUUGUGAUGGCGGUGGCGUGUUCAAUGGCGGAGCUGGUGUCCUCAAUGCCGACUUCUGCUGGCCUCUAUUACUUUUCUGCCAAACUUGCACCUCCGAAAUACUCCGCAUUGGCCAGCUGGAUCACAGGAUGGGCCAAUAUCACGGGCCAAAUUACUCUCGUGUGUUCCAUUGACUUUACCUGCGCACAGAUGAUCACUACCGCAAUUGCGGUGAGCUCUGACGGAGCAACGAUAUUGAGCUCCGGUGCUACAUACGGCAUAUUGCUUGCCAUUCUGUUUACCCAUGGCCUGGUGUGCUCCGCUGCCACGAACGUAUUGGCCCGCUUAAAUCUGUUUUAUGUCAUUGUCAACGUUGGUACGACCAUAGCCGCCAUCAUUGCAUUAUUUGUCUGCUCUGGCGACAACAAAGUAUCCACAAAGGAUGCUUUCACUAUGUUCGAGAACAACACAGGAUGGAGCAACAAUGGAUGGGCCUUCCUUCUCGCUUUCACAGCUCCAAUGUGGACGCUCACGGGCUAUGAUUCCGCUGCACAUAUUGCUGAAGAAGUAGCCGGCGCUCAGCGUGCGGCACCCAUUGCAAUCCUUGUGGGUGUGUUCGGGACGCAAGUGCUGGGAUGGCUUCUCUUCAUAGCGUGCUCCUUUGCAACGGCUUCAGUGUCCAAUUUAUUAACUGGUGCCUUGCCGCUUCCCAUGGGUCAGCUCUUUCUUGAUGUACUUGGCAAAAGAGGGAUGCUGGCAAUAUGGAGUCUUAUCAUUGUUGUCCAGUUCGUGACGGGAGCUGCACAGGGGGUUGAUGCGUCUCGGGUCGUCUUCGCUUUUGCGAGGGACAACGCUCUUCCUGGUUCUCGCUGGUGGAAACGGAUGAAUCAGCACACGCAAACUCCUGUAAAUGCUGUCUGGUUGGUCAUGACUGGUGCUGCCGUCUGUGGCUUAUUAGGCUUCUCCGCUGCAGCGCUAUCAUCCCUUGCAGGGGCCUCCGUCAUCGGCUUGUAUGUGUCUUAUGCAACACCCAUCUUCCUUCGUAUCACAUCGGGCCGUGAUAAAUUGGUCCCUGGCACAUUCAGCCUGGGAAAGUGGUACAUGCCUAUUGGGAUUAUAGCUGUCGCAUGGGUAUGCUUCAUUGUGGUCUUAUUGGUCUUCCCCCCCACACAAACAGCCACCGCGGUGGGGAUGAAUUACGCUGUCGUAAUUAUCAUGGGCGUUUUCUUCUUUGCGUCCAUCUCUUGGGUCGUUUCAGCGCAUAAGUGGUUCCAUGGCCCGAUCAAGAACAUUGAUGAUCCCAGAUCGUCUGUAGAGGGGAAAGAGCUUUAAAAGGUGAUAUUUAGUUCAUUGUCGUAUCGACGGGAUUACGUUACCGAAGCACAUUCGGAGCAGUCUUUAGAUGCGCCAAGAGAUGUAACUAUAAUCAAAUUUUGGCUCUUUGAAGUAACCGCAAAUUUACCUGCUAGAAAAUAUCCAAUUGAAACAGUGCAGGAG